AUGAAACUAGAAAAAGAAAUAACAGAGAUUCUAAGAAAAAGCAUAGUUGUGCAGCAAGAGAACACUAGGGAGAAUGCCAAACCCUGUGAUGACACUUUGUCUAGCACAGUCCAUACGCCAAACAGUCUGUCCAGCGAGCACAUGCAUGCGCACAGUUCAAACUACAGCACCUACAUUUCAAACAUCCACAUAAUCAGCAGUAGUUCAGAUGGCUUUGAUGAUAGAGUAUAUGAGAGCUCUGGUUCGCAGAGAAGGUAUUCUGAAACAGUUUAUUUGCACUAUUUGGUGGAGAUAUACAGAAAAAUGAACACUUCUGACGCAAAAGAGAAAGUUACUGUGUCAGAGACAGAGUACAAUAUAAUUCUUGAGUUAUUCGCCAAUGAGAAAGGGCUAAAGACACUCAAAAUAAGCAAAAAUGUACACAUGUUGAUAUCUGCUGCACUGAACAAGAAAAUGCAGACAAUAGCAGCUACAUCGAAGACGCCAAGCUCUCUACGAGUAUUUUUAGGGAUUGUCUACCUAUACAGCAACAAAGAAAAUAUUUCUGCAAUCGUAAACAUUCUUUCAAAGGCAAGCAGAAUAAUCACCAGGCUGCGCAGUGCCAUUGCAGUGCUAGAGUCACUUGAAAACGUUUUCAAAGCCCAGCUGGAAGACAGUGUGGAUGGCAUAUAUGUAACAAAAGCCUCUUGUUUGAACUACAUUUCCAAACACAUUCUGCUCACAAACCUAGUUGAAAUAAUUCACUGCAAACACCUCAUGUAUUCUACAAAGGAAAGAAAAAAGGAAAUUUUAUUCCAGCUACUCUGCACCGAAGAGUACUCUGCAUUUUCUCAAGCCAUAGAGGGAGAAAGCGCUAUUUUAGAAGAAGCAGAAGAAUUUUACAACGAAAAAGAGUGCACAUAUGGAGUGAACGAAGAAACAUACGAAAACACAGAAACUCUCCAAAUCAGCACACAGAUGGAGUGUGUAGAGACAAAAUGCAAAGUGAACAGCUUGGCAUUUAAAAUCUUCUCCAUGAUCAAGAAGCGCACAUGCGAAUGGAUAGAGCAUGAGAACAGAGCAACAGCGCAGAUUGAGCAGCAGUGCCACCGCAUAUUUAACAGGCACAGGACACAGGUGCAGCAGAUAUUCCUGAGCACAGAGCACAUAGGCGCAGCUGAGUGCACAGAAGAAAAGGAGCAGCGGUGUAAAACGAUAAACGAGAUUUUAACAAACACAGAAAAGUCAAUGGACCAGCUAAUGAAGAUAUUCUCGGAGAUGAACAAGAUAAAAACAAGCAAUAGGAUCGUAGACAUAUACAUUCCGCCCUUCAAAAGCAUAUCUCUUCUGAUAAAAAGGCUAAAAAGAGCAGUCGCACUAGAAAUAAAAACGGCACCGUAUGGCUCAGCAGACGUAAAAAAGUACCAAAGCCACUUUAUAGCACACAUUCCUCUGCUGGUGCCUCUAUCGUACUUUGUCCCAACGGACCAGAUAGUGUACAUGGGGUACCUAAUGUACAAGCACAACCUCACAGAGAGCAUAGAGGAAACAGACAUCUACUACAUCUACGAAACACUCACGUACAGAUCAAACAUCCUCGAUAAGAUACGCGAACACUUCACACAAGAAAUAGCAAAUAAAAUCACAAAAUUCCAAAAGAGAGUGGCAGCUGACAAAGCGCUCAGCAGAAUGGCCAGAGAGCUCGCAAAGAGCAUAAGAACAGACGUGCUGAGGUAUCUGAUCAAAGACUCUCCCGCUAUCUUAGUAGACAAAAUAAUAGGAGAAAUAAAGAAGAUCUACAUAACGCCAGAGCACCCGCACAGUGCAGAAAAAACAAAGAAAAGAAUCCAAGUGCUGAAUAAAAUAUCGGAGUUUAAACUGCCGCACAGCCCAUACGUGUCAUACAGCAUGCUAAAAGAGUAUCUCUUCCAGCACAGCCAGAAGAGCAGGAAAAGCAUGCACAAGUAG